UUCCAUUUUUCUAUGAAUACAGAGUCUAUUCAACCCGUUUACACCUUGCAACCAAUAUAUAUUCAGAUCCCGCAAUAAUAAUAAAAAAACAUUAACACGAGUUGUAGUUGUAUUUCGAUGGCUUCUAUCUCUACUUCCACUAACAUAAUAGCCAUUCACCAAACCACUCACUUCAACAAAAAUCUUCCAAAUCAUGAUGGCCACUGCUCAUUUCUUCGCCGGAGCAAUUUCCACAGAUCUCAGUCAACAAGACCAUCAAACAAGGACUUUUUUGUCCGGAGAGCUACCCCGGAGAUCGCCGGAGAAAUCAUCGUUUCAAAUCCUCUCUCCGGCAUACCAUUUAUCGGAGACAAUCCAUUGCUUGCUGGAAUUUUGGCAUUAACUGUAGGUGUACCACUUAUGAUCCAAAGGAUAGUUGCAUUUACAAAGCAAAUCGAGGCGGCGUCGCAGGCGGUGGAGAAAAUAGCGGACACGGUGGAGAAUAUGGCCGACGAGGUGGACAAAGCGGCAGAGGAGCUGAAGGCGGCGCUGCCAGACGGCCGGCUGAAGGAGGCCGUUACUUUUGUGGAAAAGCUUGCUGAAAAUACAUCUGAUGGGGCAGAUAAAGUCAGCGAUUUAAUGGACAUGGUACAAGAACUCGAUGACAAGCUGGAUGAGUUUAUGGACAAGGAUAAAAACACAGGCACUGGCAAAGCUUGAGUUUUUCGACAUCGGAUCGUUGGGACUUAUUAGGAGUGUACUGAGAUUAAGUAUUUGAAUGUUGUUUAUAUCAUUGACUAUCCACGAGAUUUUGCUACUGCUGCUCAAUGCAUUCCAUCUGCAUAUA